AUGGUAUCGGCAAUGAUUUCUUGUGAUUCGCUUCCAGUGGGGAACUGGAUGAUUAUAGACAGGAUGUCCUCCUUGUUGAUGCCCUUGUGCAAGUUGUUGAGCUGUGUGCGGCACCACACCAGGAACUCUCUGGACGGCGAGUUAUUGGAAGGUGCUGGUUGGGGCUUUGGUGAGGCCACCGUGCUACCCACCACGGCUUUUUUCGCCGCCACUGGAGCAGAAACAGACCGCAACACAGUCGGCGUGAUCGCCGCUGGUCUCGCAACCUUCGCCCCCGCCACAGGAACGCUUGUCUUGACUGGCUUCUUCGCACUCACAGUGGUCCAUCCGUUGCCCGCAGUGGCCUGUGCAAACGAAACGGCAGCAGGCUUGGCCUUCGACGCGGCCGCAGCAGCCUUCAUCUUGGCGGCCUCCUCGUUGCGGAUCUCCUCAAAUGACUUCACCGGGGCGUUUGGUUGCACGGCUCCGGUGCCCCAGACGACCGUGGACGGCAGUCCGGCGGCGGCCUUGGAUUCUUGUUUCGCCGCAGGCUGUUUCGCAGCGGCCGCAGCUUUCUCGGCAGCAGCCUGA